AUGAAUACAAUCAAUAGCAAGAAGAAGAUUUUUGUGCCCAAACCACGCAAACGCAAGAUCAGCGACGUAGGUGCCGGUACAAAGACGAAAAUUGCCCCUGUAAAACGUUUAGUAACGGAUGCAUCAGAAAUCAUUGAUGUAACUGGCUCAGGCGCUGAGAUUAGCGCUACUCAAACAGCUCAAUUAAAGCCCUUUGUGCGUGGGGAGCUGGUGGAUAGCAUCAAGCACAUGCUCUUUGGAUUUGGUGAUGAAGCUGAACCUCUUGAUGAAACGGCAGAACUGAUGGAAGACCUCGUAGUGGAAAAUGUGCACGCAAUGACUAAGAAAGCGAUGGAACUGGCGACGAUCAAGGGCAAAUUAGACACGGAGUGUUUCAUCUUUUUAAUUCGCAAGCAUCCAGAGCGUUACGAUCGAGUCGCUGAAUUGCUGCGUGCAAACGACGAGUUCCGGGCUGUUCUUAAUAGUGGGUUUGACCCGAGUGAUGAGAACAUGUACUGA